GUUUGGGUCUGCCUGUUCCUGUGAGGUCCUGCUACCUGUCCAACAAGAAAAAAAUCUUCACUCAACAAGUUGGUGACAGUGCCUGGGCCCUGUUUUAGAGAGUAAAAUGUUAAAAAAAUUAUUGCUAAAUUGGCGGAAAUGUGAUAUCUAUGCGUGGUGCUGAGUCCUUAAGGUAAAGUAGAUGUGGAAAGUAGCAAACAUCGGCUAACAUUAUCUCGUUAGCUCUGCCUCUUGGGAGGUCAAAGCUGCAAAUAUAAAGUUUGUUUUUGUAUAUUUAUAUAUUUUUAUUCUAUUUUUCCGCUUUGGGGCAUUGACGCAUUUCCUUCCACAACUAGCGGCUUUAUUUGGGGGAACUUAUUCACGUUUUCCUUCCACUUUUGCCGCUGCUAGCCGACUGCUAACCUAUAGUAGUAACAGCCGCCAAGGGAACAAUGAACAUCCUUCCGAAGAAGAGCUGGCAUGUCCGCAACAAAGACAACGUCGCUCGAGUGCGGAGGGACGAGGCCCAGGCAGCAGAGGAGGAGCGCGAGGCCAAGCGUCGCGUGGAACGCGCGGAGCAAGAGGCACGUACAGAGUAUCUGAGAAGGAAAGCCCGAGCUGCUCUUCAGCCAACAGGAGGAAGCAGAGAUGAUGGUGAUGAGGAACAGGGUGGAGGAAGUGGAGCUCUGGAGCAUCUCAAUCUUUUCCCCCUGGAGGAGUCCUCGGAGAAGAAGGGGAAUGAGGAGUAUCUCAGGGAAAAGAAAGAAGAAAAGGAGAAGCAGGAAAGAGCCAUUGGCUUACUGGUGUCAUUGGGACCCCAGCCGGGGUCUGAGGUCACGCCGUGGUAUCUGAAAAGCAGCAAAGACAAAGAGGAGAGCAAAGAAAAAGAAAAGAGAAAAGGGAUAAGUGAAGAGGAGAGAGAGAAGAAGGAUCGUAGACUGAAGGAUAGUUUGGAUCCUUUGAAAGAUAUGAAGAAAGCUCUCGGAGAGAAAGACAGAAAGGAGCACAAGAGCAAGAAAAAGGAAAAAAGAGACAAAGGGGAAAAGAGG